AUGGGGCUUUCCGCAACGAAAAAUGACUUUCGUUCCAAAAGUUGGGUAACGCUUUUGUUUGUUAGCAUAGCAUUGGUCGUGGUCAUCUUCAGAGGAGUGUCACAGUUUCUGUAUCUUCUCACUGAAGUAACCAGCAAAUGCGAGCACAAUGACCAACUUUCGGACUUUCAUAUGAAAGUGUUGAAACAAUUACAGGAUGAAAAUAUACUAGAGGAUCCGGUUGGAAAUAGAAUCGGCAAACCAACAUUGAAUCCAUCCGAGUCGCUCUUAGCGAAAGGCAGCAAAGCCAUGGUAGCUUGCGAUGUUCCUCUUUGUUCAACUAUGGGUAAAAACAUCUUGUUGAAGGGUGGCAAUGCUGCAGACGCUGCUGUUACUGUCGCGUUGUGCAUUGGAUCGGUAAACCUGCACUCUUCGGGUAUUGGCGGAGGUGGAUACAUUGUGAGUACUAAUGGGACCGAUGCUAUUACCAUCGAUGCGAGAGAGAUGGCUCCUAACAAGGCCCACAAGAAUAUGUUUGUAGGCUCUCCAACACUUUCUUUAUUUGGCGGCUUGGCUGUUGCUGUACCUGGGGAACUAGCUGGAUUGUAUCUGUUGUUUGUGAACCAUGGCCUGGGAAUUUUGACCUGGGAGGAUCUCUUCCAGCCUGUGAUCGAAUUGAAUCGCGAGGGCUGGCCUGCGGAUGAAAUCUGGAUUUUUGCUGUCCACAAAAUGCACGAGCUUGUUCUCUCUAAAUCGAGAUUAUUAAGCGACCAGUGGGAUUUCAUAUAUAAGGGCGAGAAGCAGCAUCUCGUUGAAGAGGGUGAUAUUAUUAGACGGCCCAAUUACGCAGACACACUCGAAGCGAUAUCCAAGAAUGGCUCACACGCAAUCUUUUAUGAUCCUGAUGGACCGUUCGCUCCAAGGUUAGCCGCAAAGACAGUCAAUACUGGUGGUAUUCUUGAUGUGAUGGACUUUGUCAAUUACGAGCCUGAGGUGUCACCGGCUCUAGCAUUCAACUUCAGUACAGGUGACGCUGACUAUGAACUCUUCACCAGUUCUGGUGUCUCAUCCGGUUUAGCCCUUGUUGCAGGACUUAACUUCUACAGCACCUUGAACAAUCGAGACGCUCCUGGUGAGAAUGAUACCGAUUUGCAACAGCACAGACUCAUUGAGGCUAUGAAGUGGACAUCAUCUGCUAGAUCGCAUCUCGGAGAUGCAAAUCAUACUUACUGGAAUGAAGUGAAGCGCCAAUACACAUCUCCUGAAUGGGCAAACACUAUCAUUGACGAGAAGAAGUACUCUGACAACACGACUUUUGACUGGAAUCACUACGGGCCUUUGUACGAAAUGGCAGGCAAGCAUGGAACCUCUCAUUUUUCUGUUGUCGACGAGAAUGGCAACGGUGUCAGCAUGACUACUACUGUCAAUUUAUUGUUCGGAUCUAUGGUAUAUGACAACAAAACCGGAAUCAUUUUGAACGACCAAAUGGACGAUUUCUCUCUCCCACACCACAGCAACGCUUUUAACUUGACCCCUUCAAUCCUUAAUUUCAUCUACCCUCGCCAUAGACCACUCUCGCUGAUGUCCCCAACGAUAAUAAAAAAGGAUGGAAAAAUAGACUUACUUAUUGGUGCUGCAGGAGGAUCAAGAAUUGUGACCGCUAUUUUGCAAGCUAUAGUAAGAAACUUGUUUCACGGAUUACCGCUACUCAACACGAUUGCAUACUCUAGAAUACACCACCAGUUAAUUCCAGCUUAUGUCAUGGUUGAAAAUAACACGGUUUAUGAAAAUGAAUUUGCUUCAAUGAAUCCGCACAUCGAACAGAACUUGGCAAAAUUGAACCACGAGUUUUUCGAGUCUGGUGCUCUCACGGCAAUGAACGCUAUCAAGAGGGCCAAUGGUACUUGGGAGGGAGUCAGCGAUUUCUGGCGGAAGCACGGAAAGGCCGACGGCUACUGA